AUGCCUGCGCCCACGUCUAACCUGAAGGCUCAAUUGCAGCAACUGCAAGACAGGAGCAAAGUCAUCACUCGGGAUGCUAUUGCUCAACCUUCAUACAUUGGCGAUCCUGACAUAGACAGGGACACUCUCCAUGCUCUAGCUCUACAAGCUCUCCAGGAACUUACGCUGAAAGAUCAACGAUUUCAGGCUUAUGAACUGACUCUCUUCUCGGAUGCUGUCAAAAAUCUGGACAGAACAUUGCUGACACGUCAAGAAAAUGAUCUAUUGGACGCUAGUAUCUCUGGGUUGUUGCAGCUUUUGUCAAAGUACUUCUUGGAAGCUUCAGCUGCUCCAGUUCUAGAAUGGCUCGUCCGUCGAUUCAGUGUACAUCGCUACAAUGUAAAUCAAGUGUUGGAGGCCAUCGUUCCUUACCAUGCUACUCCCCAAUUCGUCCGAAUGCUCGUCAUCCUCAACUUGCAUGGUGAGAACGUAUGGACCUUCCUCAAACGUGCUCAAAAGGCAAAAGUAGCACCAGAUCGCACAUUCUUCUUACAAGAAUGCCAUAAGCAUCCUGCUUUAUUGCAGACCUUUGUUGAAACAACACUAAAAUCAAUUGAAAACGGAAUCGAAAACGUCGCAUUGUGGUCAUUCUUUGCUGCCUUGUUGAUGGAAUACCUUUCAUCUACCUCGGAGGUGACAGACAACACUAUUCGUAAUAUAUCGCCUCUGCUCUUUGAGUUUCUGAAAGCGACCCGUUACCCAGACGUUCAGACUGUCGCGUGCAUGUCAUUUGCAUUGAUGCUACGUCGAGUGCCAGUCAUUCCAACAGUCACAACAUCAGUCUUGGAAGCUAUGGCAUCUGCCAUUCCAUCAUCUGUCGAUUUUGGAAUCUUGACUGCUAUGGUGUCGAUAUGUCAGACACAGUCUAAUGUGGUAUUACCUAUUGAGGCAAUCAGCAGAGCAGCUCAGUCAGAAGGCGUCAUGGAAUUAUUGAGCCAAGUCUGUGAAAAGUACCAGGCUGACGCAUUCGUUAUUCCUUUGACGAGUGUUUUGAUUCACGAAAGAUUGCAAGAACCUCUCACCACCUUGUUGCACUCAGGACCAGCUUCGCCUGAUGUACUUGAAAACAUCGUCACGGAACUAUCUCGAGUCUCACUGAAAGACACCAAGAAUGCAACUAUGGUGCAAGCUGUUCUUAAGGCAGCUACAGUCAAGCAUAUGUCUGAACUUAUGAUUUGUAUGGAUAAACAGCAGUUCAAGAAGGUCUUUGUGUCAGUGUAUCGAUUGGCAGUCAAUUCAACCAUUCCCGACGGAGGCAUGACAAUUGCUGCUCCUGAUAUUGUAAAGCUUAAUCAUCAGGACAAGCAUGUCCGUAUUGAAGCCAUCAAGAAUCUAGACAAUGUCGAAUAUCCAGCAACUGAAUUGACUGAGGUCAUCCUCCCACGAUUGCACGUUUCCGAGAAUGCAGACGUCAUACUAGCAGUCUUCAAGUUGUCCUGUCUUGACCAGAUGGAUCAAGAUAAAUUGGCUGACGCCAUCAUCAAACUAGCAAACACCACAACCGAUACUCCUAUUCUAAAAGCAUGUUUGAAACGACUGAUCAAAUCGCAUGCUGGAUAUAUGCCUGCUAUGUCUGUCAUUGCUGCAUCCUUGUUGGUGACUCGUGCAUCACGAGGCGUAACAAUCUCGACGUUGAAGCUGUUGAGUGAGGGACUAUGGAUGACUCCUGAUGCAGCCAAAACUAUUCAUGAUGCACUGCAAAAGGCCCAUGUAGAAUAUAAGGUUGCCAAGGAUAAGACGGUAUUGGACGAUGCUGUAGCAUUUGCUUUGAGAAGUAUCAUCACGAAUAUGGCUAGUGUUGUAUCAGAUGCCAUCUUGAAGGAGUUGUUAGUGUGUAAAUUGCCUCGUGCUCGUAUGCUGGGUAUGCUAGUGACGCUCAAGAAACUAUACCAUGUACCCGGUGAUGAUCAGUCAACCUGGAUGUCGAUUCUGCUAAAGCACGUAUCUGCGCCAAUAGUCGAAUGCGGUGGUUGUAUCGAAGGUCUCCCAGCGCUGAAUGUCACACAGGCUGUAUUAGCACUCAAUCCUGAACACAGCGAAAAAGUAGAAUCACUCAUUUCGUCCAUGAUUUUCACAUCUAUGCUGUCUGUACUUCCAAGACCUUUGGAAGAGGUGUCGUGGUUAUCGCCAAGUGACGAUGAUAAGGUUUACUGUGAUCUCGUAUAUGACUUGUAUCGUGUGGCGUCUGCUUCAAGCGCCAGACCAAGCGCUUUGAAAUCUCUAUUUGAAAUCCAUGUUGGUCAAUCAAAUGGCAGCCUGCCAUUCUUGUUUAGAUUUAUUCUACAUGAUGACAUGUCGACCACAUCAUCUCCUUUUGUAUUGGCUACAGCUCUAGCCAUCGUAUCAUCGUACAUCCACUCCACUACAGAAAUCGAGGCUCUUGAUCAUCAAGUCUUGUUACCUGGACUCUUUAUUGCCUUGCGACACGCUUCUGUGCUUGUACGAUCUGCAGCUCAAGCUUGUAUCAAGGAAGUUUGGACCAGUUAUCAAUCUCUUGACGUAAACGGUCCCCGUGAAAGACUUAUUGCAAAUGCUGGUUCGUUUUAUGGAUCCAGAAGUGAUCAAUUGCAAUAUAUCGAGACUCGACAAGCAUCUAAACUUGUCGAACGGGUCAUGCCAUAUUUGCCAGAAUGGUUUAAAGAUCGUGAUGCUCUUGAUACUCAAUUUGGCGAUUUCUUGUUGGAUGUAGCUGAUGGUGUCCUUGAAACAAGAGACCAGCUGGUCAUGUUUUUCUUGACUCAUGUAUUGGCAUUGUCUGAUCAGGCAGCUCGUUGCUCUGUCCUUCGACUCCUUGAACGAAUCGAUACGCCCAUUAAACUCCAAACCGUCUUCCCAUUAUUGUCGUCCGCUGUAGAAUCUAAAUCAACGGAGCUAGCAACCGCCAUCUUGAAAUGCUAUACACCAUUAUCAGUAUCUUCCCUAUCCUCAUCACGUAGUAAACGACACAUGACAGGAUACUACAAGUUGCUCGACAAUGAAGAUACACAACGCAGCGCUCUAGAAAUAUGUACUCCUAUCUGGUAUCACGCUUUACGAGAGCCUGCAGUCCAACAUACUCUAUUCACUCGAUUGGUGGAUUUGGCUGUUGUAGCACCAUCACAAACCGCAUCACUAGUUCGAUCAACUUUAUCAGCAUUGCCAAUCCCUGUAACGGACUUUAAAGCUGAUUUAAAGACAUCCGUUGAUGCUCUUGUCAGUCAAUAUGCACAGGCUCUCAAAAAGUCACGAGUAGAUGAAAGUGGUGGUUCGAAUGUAAAUGUGGCGAAAUUGACGAUUUUAUUGGAGUUGAUACCACGAUGGAGUGAUAUAGCUGCUCAGUUACUCGAUGUUUUGUUUGAGGCUUUGGCAUUGACGAUUGAUGUUGAGGAUACUAGUCUUUCCACCGAUUAUCUCCGCCAGUUGUUGUUGUCUGGGAUCUUGUUGGCUGUUGAGCGCACUACAAGAUGGGGAAGCGUUCGUAUAGAUUUGGUUGUUCAAAGCAUGAGAGUCACGGACAACCCACAAAUCCAUCAAACAUGUCUAUUGAUCUUGGCAGCACUAGCCAAGAGUUCUCCUGAAGACAUAGUCCACAACAUCAUGUCGGUGUUUACGUUCAUGACAAACAACCUGUUGCGUGUAGACGACAGUUAUAGUUUCCAUGUCGCCGAUCAGUUGGUGGAAGCUGUUGUGCCUAGUCUUAUGCGUCAUUCCUCUCAAGAAGCACUAUCGGACAUUAUUCAACUCUUUGUGGAUGCCAUCCCACAUAUUCCUGCUCAUCGUCGUGUUCCAUUGUUUGUGGUACUCCUCAACACAAUGGGACCUUCCGAGUAUCUAAGAUUGGUGAUUUCUUUGGCCAUGAAGAGUCAUCAGUUUUCAGUUAGUCUGUCAGUGCCAAGUGAAGUACUACCAGCAUUCUGUAUAGAGGUUUCGAGAGAGUUUGAUGUUCAGGUUAUUUUGAAGUCAUCCGUUGUGCUAUUGGAAGAUGCGGAAAGCAAAACCGAUUCGAUACAAUACGUAUCCACCAUUCUCGCAGACAGGUCGUUUACAGAGAAAGUGCCAUCAGCAUUCGACACUGCAUCCAUGUCUUACGCUCAAGUCAUGGAAUUAUACUCAACAGUGUGCAGUCUCUUGCUGAUUCGAACUGAACAAUCUGCUAAACAGUCGUUGGCGGUAUUGAGUCGUGUUGUGCCUUUGUCGUCAUACAUGGAAAUGGCUUCAUCAUUGUUUAGUCGUGUGUCUGGCAAGACCAAACUUCGCGUGAUUUCAUCGCUUCGUGAAGCGCUUGUGGACCGAUCCGAAGAAGAAUUGAGAACGAAUGCUGAUGCUGUGAAUGUCAUGAUUCAAGCAUUGGAGAAGUCUGUUAUGACGAAAGAAAAGAUCACAUCCUCGUUACAAAUCACCAUGGAAACAUUCGCUACAGCUGUUACGCGACUUGGCAAACUCUUUCCAGAUGUUUAUUCCACUCUCUUGUCAAAUAUUGUUAAUACGUAUUUGGAGAAAUGGACAGUUAAUUCGGAUGUGCUUGCUGCCGGAUAUAAGCUUCUUGCUGCCUUGUGCCGAGAAUUGGGACCACGAACCAUCCCAUCAUUACCUAAAUUGAUUCCUCAAGCGCUUACUCUUGCUGCCGAGGACGCUCAUACUGACUCAUCAUCUGUGCAUGAAUCGGUUGUAUUGCUCAUUGACACAACCAUUCGAACACUCCCUAAAUUCGUUGCACCAUCCAUACCACACAUGUUGGAUUAUUUGGCACUGAAGCAUUCUGGGGCUGUAUAUCGAGCAUUGGGUAAAAACAUUGAAGCAACAGUGCUUCUGAAAGUAGUAUCUUCUCGAACCAUUUCCACACCAAUGGAUGGAUUGGUUGCCAUUUACGUAUUGAAUGAGAUCACAGCCCAUUUGUCGAUGGAGGACUUGACAUUACAGAAUCAAGCCAUUUUACAAUUGUAUCUUCGAGCAUUUGAUGUCUCUGAUGCCGCAUCAUCUCAAAGAAUGAUUGAUUCCAUCAUCCGCUUCAUCAUGAGAUUAAAUGAAACUCUCUUCAAACCUCUCUUCCUCCGAAUUCGGUACUGGGCAUUAUCAAACAAUACGCCCUUGUUACGAAAAUCUCUCUUUUGGAAACUUGUAUCAAAUCUCUUGGACAAGCUGCAAUCCAUCUUUGGUGUAUACGUCGUACAGAUCUUGGACGAAGUCAAGGAUGCUUUUGAAAGUGAGAAAAAGACCAAGGAGUUUGAUAUCUUGUGGAGUGAUUUGUGGUCUGUCAUGAGGAAGUUCUUGAUUCAUUAUACUGAUGGAGCUCUAGCAUCACACAUCAGUCCAUUGAUAUCUUUGAUGGUUGAUCAAAUCAUGUAUACUCAAAAUGAAGAUUAUUUGGUCAAGAUGUUUGAAAAUGUAGUACCUACUCUUGGCCAGAUGGCAAACUCUCUCAAAGACCAACCUUUGUUGAGAACCUUGCAUCAGCAAGUAUUAGCCAAGACUCGUCACGACAAUUCUAAGGUUCGAUUAGUAGCCGUAUGCUGCUUAACAGAAAUGUGGACAUCUGCUGGUGAAUCCCUUCAUGUCCAUCUGCCUGAAACUGCACCCUUCUUGGCGGAAUUAGUGGAAGAUGAUGAUGAGCAGGUUGAAAAGGCUACUAGACAAUUGUUGAACCAAAUGCAGACAUUGUUGGGAUCUGACGAGAAGAUCGAGGAUCUUAUAACUGAAGAUUAA